AUAUCUAAGGAUGGGGUGUAAGAUUGGUCUUGUACUUGUUUUUGUUACCCUGUUGUCAUGGUUUCCGUCAGAUGUUUCUGCGUGUUCCUGCUUUCCUACGCAUCCACAAACCGUUUUCUGUCAAAAUUCUUUUGCCUUAGUUGGAGUAAUUUUGUCAAAGACACCAACAGGUCAGCAGAAUAUUAAAUAUACAGCGCGAGUCGUAAACAGAAUAAAAGGAAAUGUCGGUGCUGUUGGCUCCACGUUUGAAUUUAACACACCCUCAACUGGAGCAGCAUGUGGUGUGUCAUAUACUAUUGGAAAAAUGGAGUUCCUUAUGGGACUAAGACUUGAAUGUAAUCUUUAA